GCGCGCACCAACACCUCACAGUCCUUCGUGGUCAUCUUGACAAAAGUUGAGCGUUUCUCUGAGGGAACUAGUCUGUUUCCAGACGUUUUCCCAGCAUUCGUCCGUUCUCCAGAGAGUGGUAAAGCUCUUCCUACAGCUCACUGAGGCGAAGGAGCGGCGCAGGCAGCAUGUCGGACACCCCGAACGAGCACCUCGCAGGGAUUUUGUCCGAUUUUGAAGCAUUAAAGAGAUCCUUUGAUGAUGAAGUAGUGGAGGACACACAGUACAUCUCUACACCUUCUCCUGCCUCUUCCCCCAAAUCUUCCUCUUCCUGCAAUUUCUUCCUUCAUCACAACAAAGUCGGUGAAGAAAAAUGCCAUUCUACUCCUUUUUCCCUCAACAACAACAUCAUGACUCCUGCUCCCCACUCCCACAUCCGCCUGGGUUACAGUUCCAGCUCUGUGCUCAAAACUUGCAGUGUUGGUGGCAGUUUUUCCUUCAAUCGAGGUACCAUGGCCAAGCCAGUCAUUCUGAACAACGGCUCUUCUGUGACCAGAGCCGCUUCGUUUCAAAACAAGCUAAACCCAACUACAUGCUCACGGGAGGGCAGUGACAAUGACGACCUUCACAGCUCUUCGUCCAGUCUGGAGUACUUUUGUGAGGGAAGGCCUGUCAACCGACCGGUGUUUUACCAGUGCCCCUCAUCUCAAAGGGAGUCCCAUGGACCCCAUCAACUCCAACAACACCUUGAAUCAAAUAAAUUGAAGAUUUCCUCCCAUGGAAGUGUUUUAAAGUUUGACCCACAAGGUGGUAUUUUGAAUGUUAAGGAGAAUCUGGACAAGAGCCUUGGGUUUGCAUCAUUCCAAGACUUCCAAAGUGCAAAGGAAGGAGUAGGAUUGUUGCGAAUGCACACAGAUGUUAAUGGAACAAGGCAUGUUGAUGAUAGUGCCAACUGGAGUGGUCAUCUGAGUAACGCCAAUGCCUUUGGAGAAGGUGGUUUUAAAAAAACUGGUCAACAUGUUACCCAGGUACUUAAGUCUUCACUGCCAAAGCCCAAAGAAAUUCCACGGCUCAACAAGUUCCCAUUGGAUUUGGACAAGUUAGUUAGCAGCAAACCAACAGCUUCUCCACCCACUGAAUCGGAAAACAUGAACUUAAGUACCUCAGCAAGUCCACCACAAAGGCUCUGUGCCCCCCAGAACCACCCUUGUGACUCCUCUACAGCAACCAGGCCUGCAGCCUCUCUCAGUAGUCUGGACUGUUCCCUUUACAGACAACACAGCCUUUUGUCUCUAUCCUCCCAGUGUUCUCCAAUUCCUUGGCAGGGAGCUUCACCUGUCCCAGAGAUGAGGGGCUCUACUGAACCCCUUUUUUCACCUCAUUGCUUUCAAAUGGGUUUUCCAUCAGCUUUUCAGGCUGCCCCCAGUAUGCAUAGUCCUUCAAACUCUUCCGUCACCUCCAGCCCCACAGUUGCUGGCUCUUUGGAAGAAGGUGGCAGUGAAGCAACAAAUGGUGUUGACUUGAUCUUACAGAGGAUUGCUUCUUUUUCCUGGCCUGUCAUCACUGAUAGCAUGGUUAAAACACAGACACCUGCCCAAAGCAAUGGGGAUUUACCUUCUCAAUUUCUGGGUUCCACUGGAAACAAACCUAUGGCUACAUACCCAUGGAAGGAGGGAAAAUUCAACUGUAGAGGAACGGCUGCAGGGUUGGAGACAGACUCGUUCACCUCAAUGGAGGACAGAGAGGAGGAGGAUGCUGGCAUCAUGACAGAAAACAUAAAAGAGGAGAGCAAAGCAGACCAAAGCUUGCAGGAGGACAGAUUGGAGGCUCAUGCCAAGACAGAAGAGAAUGAAAGCAAAGAGGAGGCCGAACAGGUGGAGGCAGACUUGAAGGUGCAGCUUUGCGAGUCUUUCCCAGGCCUUCAGACGGGCCUCAUCCGGAGCGCCGACCUGUUCGGUUAUGUGGGCAUCGAGUCAGUCCUGGACCAGAUGAGGCGCAAGACCGUAAAGGCUGGUUUUGAGUUCAACAUCAUGGUGGUUGGUCAGAGCGGUCUGGGAAAGUCUACACUGGUCAACACUUUGUUCAAGUCCAAAGUCAGCCGAAAGUCCUGCACCCCCAACUACGAAGAGAAGAUCUCCAAAACAGUCCGGCUCCAUGCUGUCAGUCAUGUGAUAGAAGAGAAGGGCGUGAAGAUGAAGCUGACUGUGAUUGACACACCAGGAUUUGGAGACCAGAUCAACAACCAGAACUGCUGGGAGCCCAUAGUGAAGUAUGUGAACGAGCAGUAUGAAAAGUACCUGAGAGAGGAGCUGAAUGUCAACCGCAAGAGGAGAAUACCAGACAGCAGAGUCCACUGCUGCAUUUAUUUCCUCCCUGCUAGCGGGCACAGUUUACGCCCCAUCGACGUUGAAUUCAUGAAAAGGCUGGGUAAAAUUGUGAGCAUCGUGCCAGUCAUCGCCAAAGCAGACACCCUGACUUUGGAGGAGCGGCAGGAGUUCAAAGAGAGGAUAAGACAGGAUCUGGAAGCCAAUGGCAUCCAUGUUUACCCCCAGAGAGAGCUGGAUGAGGAUCCAGAGGACCGCAUCCUCAAUGACCGAAUCAGGGACAGCAUUCCCUUCGCUGUGGUGGGAACUGACAAAGAGCACCAGGUGAAUGGACACAAGGUGCUUGGCCGGAAGACAAAGUGGGGGAUCAUUGAAGUGGAAAACGUGGCCCACUGUGAGUUUGCCAACCUGAGGGAUUUGCUCAUCAGGUCUCACCUGCAGGACCUGAAGGAUGUGGCUCACAAUGUGCACUACGAGACUUACAGAGUGCGUCGCCUCAACGAGAGCAACAUGAACCUCAGUGAACUGGUUCUGUCCAGCUGGCCUCUCCAAAACAAAAUGGAUAAAUGUGAAACUGAAAGCCACCUCUGACUUUUUCCACCAUUACCGCCUCCCAAGGCGUCUGAAGUUCUGGUCGUAAAGAGAAGCACGCUAAAGACUUGAGAUAAGAUUUUCCAGUAUGGGAGCAGUUAGUGGAUCCAUCAUUCUGUCAGUUUUCCUCAAGGUAUAAAAGUGUUUAAUCGUAGUAUGGGGGCUGUCACGUGUUUGCACAUGUGUUCUCUGUGGACAUGUUAAAAUGGUUCCUGCAGCAGAGUUACACCCCCAGGUGACACAUUUUUUAUGCCAAAAAUGUUGAUGCUAAAAGCAAUGUGACCUAAUCUGUGGAAUUAUCAUUUAUGAAGUUUGCUGUCAUGUUUUUACUUUGAAAUCUAUAAAACAAGGAAAAAGCCCAACUCAUGUUCAGCUGCAACCUGCUUAGCAUUCUUUUUUACCUCUUAAUAAAUGGUAUUGUCUGUAUUUUACUGAUUGCAGAAAAUGUCACUGCAGUGAUUUUAUUGUGGAAAUUUGGUGAACUUUUGCAUUUUUUCUUCCAUUUAACUUUUUUAGCCCCAUUUCUAGUCAGACUGCAGGUCUGCACAGAUGCUGUUGAUGUACUGAACGUGUUUGGUCUCACAAUCCUGUUUCUAGCUGUUGAAGUCAACAUUAAAGUGCCAAAACAAAAGAGAAAUCCUUGUUUUCUCACUUUUGUUUCAUUCAUGUUUUGAAAAAUUGUUUUAAAAUGUUUCUGGAAAUGCAUCCAUGUAUUUUUGUAUUUGAAAAAUGCCAAAUCUCGAUGGAGGCUUUCUGCUCUUUCUUUGCUCUCUUCCAGUUUACCUUUGAGAAGUAGAAACCAGGCAUCAUCAUGGCUGCCCCCAGAUCCUUUAGUGAUAAGUUAAUUUAGUUAUUGAUCUGUGGAACCUCAUUUCUUUUUCUGAUCAAGAAAAGCUGCACAGAAAACGAAUGAAGAGAGGCGGUGCUCUAAUCAGUUUUUAAAGGGUAACAUGUCAAUGAGCUUCUAUCAAAAAUUAAAUAAGUAGGACCUGCUUCUUGA